ACAGAGGAAAGAGCAUCGACAAAAAAUAAUGAUUAUCUCAGUGUAAUUUGUGACUGAAACUACAUUGCGAACACAGCAUAACAGAGAUGAGGACCCCUUCCUGGGACAACAGAGGACUUAAGAAAGGCACCUGGACUCCAGAGGAAGAUAGAAAGCUAGUAGCUUAUGUCACUCGAUAUGGCUCUUGGAAUUGGCGCCAACUCCCAAGAUUUGCUGGUCUGGCAAGAUGUGGAAAGAGCUGCAGACUUAGAUGGCUCAAUUAUCUCAAGCCCAACAUAAAAAGAGGAAACUACACUGACAAAGAAGAAGAAACUAUAAUCAAACUGCACGAAAAGCUCGGUAACAGAUGGUCUGUUAUUGCCACUCAUUUACCCGGAAGAACAGAUAACGAAAUAAAGAACCACUGGCACACCACUCUCAAAAAGCGUUUGGGAAAGAAGGCAGUUUACACUGAAACAAAUGUGAAAGCCUCAAAAUCAAACAGUUUUGGGUCCAACCCGGACAAGGAUUGCAUUCAGAACAAUGGUUUCUUCCUCGAAGCUUCUCACUCUCCGACAGUUUCUAAAGCCUCUGAUCCUGACCCUUUGUCCCCGGAAUUAUCCUCAAGCGAAUUCUCGUCCUCGGAUUAUACCACUCGCCAAAAUUUGUUUCUUGAAGAUGGGUUCGAUUUUCUAGAUGCAUACUUAGCGGACAUGAAUCAGAAUAUUUCGACAGAAUCAUUUCACAUUUCUCAAUUCACAUCACAAGCCAAUGGUAUCGACAAUUUUCAUGGUUCAGACGCACCUAAAACCAUGGAAUGUGUUCGGCCAGAGUCUCCUCUUUCUUACUAUAAUGAAAAUUCCCUUGUGGAAAAUGACGACUUUGGCUUUCUAGAAGCAAUAGAACCAAUAACUGAACAUUCUUGGACGGAAGCAUUCGUGGCAGAUAUGUCUCUUAUUCCGAACGAAUUACUUGUUCCUUUGGUGAACGAAUCCGAAUCGUACUUUUCUUCUGCGUAUGACGUGGAUGAUAUCUGGUGUGUCUGAAAAAUAAUUCUCAUGAUUUAGACGUCAACUUAUUUCAAUGAAUAAAUAAUUAGCUUCUAUUUUUGAAAUAAAUGUAACUAAUUCAGUGUAAGACAACUCUUUUUUUCGCUGCAUACAACCCAGAAAAAUAUCUGUUGUGCAAAAUUGUU